ACAGAGCAAGUAGUUAGUUCCAAUGACUCCGUCCAAGUCUACUCCCUCACUUUCUCUCUUUCUCUCUUUCUCUCUCACACACACAUCUGUCGUUUCCUUUACGUCACAGUUAGACAGAGAAAGUUAAACCCCUCUGUAAGACACAGAACAAUGCUCUUUCUCAUCUUCCAAAGCAAUCUCUCUCUCUCUCUCUCCUCUCCACCGGUUGACCAUUGCAAAGUCUAUUCAGGGACACGUUUCCGGAGUGGAAAGAAAGCAUCGGAUAUAGAGAGAAAGAAAAUCCCAUUGCCCAAAAAGAAGAGAAAAGCAGAUUAGCUAGUUUUGAGAGACCAUGAAAGAAGCUUAUUGCAUGGCUUCUUUCAGAAACCUCGUGCCUCUUUCCCUGGUUUUACUACUGGCUGUCGUUUCAGAAAACUAUGUUCAUGGCAGGUUUGUGGUGGAGACAGAGAAUAUCAAAGUCUUGUCUCCGUUGACUAUGCGUUCUAAACACGAUGGAGCAAUUGGAAACUUUGGAGUUCCAGACUAUGGUGGUUAUAUAGUUGGUUCUGUUGUUUAUCCCUCUAAAGGGUCUUUUGGGUGUGAACCCUUUGAGGGUGAUAAGCCCUUCAAGUCUCAUUCUCCACGCCCUUCUUUUGUUCUUCUUGAUCGUGGAGGUUGCUACUUUGCUUUAAAGGUAUGGAAUGCUCAACAGGCAGGAGCUGCAGCAGUGUUAGUGGCUGAUGAUAGGGAAGAGCCUCUAAUAACUAUGGAUUCACCCGAGGAGAGCACCGAUGCCGAUGGGUAUAUAGAGAAGAUCAACAUUCCAUCAGCUCUGAUAGAGAAAUCGUUUGGGGAUAGCCUGAAGGAGGGUUUGAAAAAUAAGGAAGAUGUUGUGGUGAAAUUGGAUUGGAGAGAGUCAGUGCCCCACCCUGAUGAGAGAGUUGAGUAUGAGUUUUGGACAAACAGCAAUGAUGAGUGUGGUGCUCGUUGUGAUGAACAGAUGGAUUUUGUGAAGAAUUUUAAGGGUCAUGCUCAAAUUCUCGAGAGGGAAGGUUACACACUCUUUACACCGCAUUACAUAACUUGGUUCUGCCCUCAGGCUUUCAUUCUUAGCAGUCAAUGCAAAUCUCAGUGCAUAAACCGUGGAAGAUAUUGUGCACCAGACCCAGAGAAGGAUUUUGAAGAGGGAUAUCAAGGAAAGGAUGUGGUGAUUGAAAACUUAAGGCAACUUUGUGUGCAUAGAGUUGCCAAUGAAAGCAAGCGAUCUUGGGUUUGGUGGGAUUUCGUUACCGACUUUCAUAUCAGGUGCUCCAUGAAACAGAAAAGAUAUAGUAAAGAAUGUGCUGAGGAUGUAAUGAAAACUCUUGAUUUACCCAUUGAGAAGAUCAAGAAAUGUAUGGGUGAUCCUGAAGCUGAUGUUGAAAAUGAUGUGCUUAAAACUGAGCAAGUAGUCCAGGUUGGGCGAGGAUCUCGUGGUGAUGUCACCAUCUUGCCAACAAUGGUUAUAAACAAUAUUCAAUAUCGUGGAAAAUUGGAGAGGACAUCUAUUCUGAAGGCUAUAUGUGCCGGAUUUAAGGAGGGAACCGAGCCUCCAGUCUGUUUGAAUGGAGAUCUUGAGACAAAUGAGUGUCUUACCAGGAAUGGUGGCUGUUGGCAUAACAAGCACUCUAAUAUAACUGCGUGCAAGGAUACUUUUCGGGGAAGAGUUUGUGAGUGCCCUGUUGUUAAUGGUGUGCAGUAUAAAGGUGACGGUUAUACAUCUUGCCAUGCUUUUGGCCCUGCAAGAUGCACAGUGGACAAUGGAGGGUGCUGGUCAGAGAAUAGUCAUGGAUUAACUUUCUCAGCUUGCUCAGACUCUGAGUUGUCUGGCUGCCAGUGCCCACAUGGCUUCCGAGGGGAUGGCCAUAAAUGCGAAGAUAUUGAUGAAUGCAAGGAACGUAGUGCUUGUCAGUGUAGUGGUUGUGGCUGUAAGAACACUUGGGGCGGGUAUGAGUGCAGGUGUAAAGGAGACCUUCUGUAUUUGAAGGAGCAAGAUGCUUGUAUUGAACGACAUGGAUCACGAUUUGCAUGGUUUAUCACUUUUGUUGUUCUUGUGUCGGUGGUUGGAGUUGGUCUCGCUGGUUAUAUAUUUUACAAAUACAGGCUUCGGUCAUACAUGGACUCGGAGAUCAUGGCUAUCAUGUCACAAUACAUGCCAUUGGACAAUCAGCAUAGUAGUCGUGUUCAAUCCAUGGAGGCAGAGCCAUUACAACAUGGAUCGGUUUGAAAGCAGAGGUAAAACUAAUAAAUCUCUACAAAGGAACAUCCAUAAUGGUAGAUAAGAAUACGGAUGUGCAUAUAUGGUGGUUGUGGAUAUUUGAAAAUUUACAAACACUUGAUAGCUACUGUGAAACAAAGGGAUAUAGCUCUGGUUCUUCAUUUGCAGAACCAAUAUAGAAAUGUUCUUUUUUUUUCUCUUCCACUUGCUGUUUGUAGAUAUAAUAUUCAGACAUGUAAAGGAUGGUUUGAGGGACAAACUAGGACUUUUGUAUGUACCAUUACAGAGCAAAAAUAUAACAUUGCAAGGGGUUGAGGAAUUAUUAUGGUAUCUGAUUGCCUUGACAACUACUAUAUUGAAAAGGGUUUAUAUUACCCGAGGUCUCCGAUCUUUAUAUGUA